GCUCGCAAGGGCUCCUUUUUCAAAGAGCCGAAGAGAAGCCAAGCAAAAUCUUAACAAUCUGCGAAACUACGUGAAUGAGGUGAAAAUACAACUGCAGAUUUAGAAUGUGCUGGCAUGAGGAUUUUGUCACUGUCUGAAAGAAGAGACUUUAUACUUUCAUCUUUUUUGAAAUUGUUGUACAAGUGAGUGUAACAUCAUGUUUGAUUGGAACUUGACUGAGCUGAUGAACAGAUCUGUUGGAAACUCCAGCAUGGAGGAUACAGAGGAAGAGGAGCAUCCUUUCCUGACGGACGCUUGGCUGGUGCCUCUCUUCUUCUCUCUCAUCAUGCUGGUGGGGCUGAUCGGGAACUCGCUGGUCAUUUAUGUCAUCUCCAAGCAUAGGCAGAUGAGGACCGCUACUAACUUUUACAUUGCUAAUUUGGCUGCGACUGACAUCAUUUUCCUGCUAUGCUGUGUGCCGUUUACCGCCACGCUCUAUCCUCUACCCGGCUGGAUAUUCGGGGACUUCAUGUGCAAAUUUGUUGCUUUUCUCCAACAAGUGACUGUACAGGCAACAUGCAUCACUCUGACAGCGAUGAGUGGAGACCGUUGCUACGUGACCGUGUAUCCUCUGAAGUCCCUUCACCACCGGACCCCACGCGUCGCUAUGAUUGUUAGCAUCUGUAUCUGGAUCGGUUCCUUCAUUCUUUCCAUACCGAUCUUCAUAUACCAGAGGCUUGAGGAUGGCUAUUGGUAUGGGCCAAGAAAAUACUGCAUGGAGAGGUUCCCCUCAAAGACCCAUGAGAAGGCUUUCAUCUUGUAUCAGUUCAUAGCUGUGUAUCUACUCCCUGUCCUUACCAUCUCUUUCUGUUACUCCUUCAUGUUGAAGAGAGUAGGACAGGCCUCUGUUGAACCUGUGGACAACAACCAUCAGGUCCACUUGCUCUCAGAGAGAACCAUCUCCAUUAGGGGUAAGAUUUCCAAAAUGGUAGUGGUCAUUGUUGUCCUCUUCACCAUCUGCUGGGGUCCCAUUCAGAUCUUUGUCCUCUUCCAGUCUUUCUAUCCAAACUUCAAGGCGAACUACACAACCUAUAAGAUCAAGACGUGGGCUAACUGCAUGUCCUAUGCCAACUCUUCUAUCAACCCCAUUGUCUAUGGUUUUAUGGGGGCCAGCUUCCGCAAGUCUUUCAGGAAGACCUUCCCGUUCCUCUUCAGACACAAAGUGAGGGACAGCAGCGUGGCCUCUCGCACGGCCAAUGCGGAAAUGAAGUUUGUAGCAACUGAAGAGAGCAACACUGAGAGAAAAUGAAUUCAGAACGUUUUCAGCGCACCUUAACCGUUUCAUUGUGCGGCACAGACUUCCCCUGCACUGAGCAGAUUAGAAGGGUAAUAUUCACUGUUCAAUGAGUUAUGAGUUGUGAAAAAAUCCUUUUAGAGAGAAAGGUUGCUCUCAACUGUGAAGCACAUCUGCUCGCAUAAAUGAAAAUAAUUGAGUGGUAUUAUUUAAUAUUUAAGGCCUUUAAAUAACAUUUCUGUAACCCAAAAGGUGCAUUUUUGUGAGGUCGUUGUGUACUACAAGAGCUUGCGUUUUGAAGAAGCGUGGAUGGAAAGUAAGGGUGAAUCAGAUUCGAGCCCGGGCUGCCAGCGUCGAUGUGUAGGUGCUUGCCUGAGAGGAUGUUGACUCAUCCAUUGUGUUUGGCAUAUACGCGACACCUCCCUGUGCAUACUUUGCAAACCGACCACUCCGAACUUUCAACAGCAUUUACAUUAUCUGAAUGUUGUACAUGAACCUGAAGACUUGUACUCUUAGACUCUCACAAAGCACAAAAGACAGAACAUAUGGCCUUCGAAGGGCAGAUGAACACAUUACGCUUCACCUCUUCUGUGAGUAAGACUUCGGACAUUCUCAUAGGAUGGGGAUUAGUCGACAUGUCUAAACGGCAUUGAGGUUGAAAGGCAACAUUUCAUUAUUGUUAUAAUAAUUAUCAGAUUUAAAGGGCGGUGUCUAUCCUAAGCAUUAUGCCAUAUUCAUUGUGCUGAAUUUUAAACGAAUUGCAUCCUCCUGGGAUUUCUAAACGUGUUCAUCAUUUUGAUGUAAUAAUUAUUGUAAUAACGUUUCUUUAAUGCACAAACUGGCAAUUCAACACAUUUAAAGAGUACUUUUAUUUACUAUGUGAAUAGAGGGAAUUCAGUUCUUUGCUACCAUAAAGCUUGCUUAAUUCAUUUAGUCUUAAGCGGAAAUAGGUGUCAGAUCAUUAGCAUUUGUGAAAUAUUUUGACAAGUAGCUAAAAGCUUUUCUUGAAGUGCUGCCAGUUGGCAUCAAUACAUUAUUCAGCAUCCUUGAAGCAUGUUUUAUAAAUGCCUUAAUGAAUUCUUUUUAAGAUUUGAAUGUGACUGGGCUUUAACAGCUAUCCUUUUUUUGUAGCAUUUAUUUUUUAUUUCCUCCUCUCAUGAAUCUAUUUGUUUGUCUGCUUAUUCCUAGUGUCACAGUAAUAUUCAUAGAUGAAGAAGAGACUUCAUUAUUGUUUUCUGUGCAAUUUCCUGUCUAUUGAACACUCUUAUGAUAUAAUUAGAUAUUGCAUUUAGCAACAACAAACGUAUUAUCAGUGCGAUCGGGGUUUUCAAAAGGAUCAUCAUUAUGAGACAUGCUUCGUAUUUUCAAAGUGAAUGUGAAAUAAAUUUUCUAAACCUAUUAACAAUUCUUCAACUUGCUCCAAUGACAUCAAACAGAUAUUUGAUAUUCACUGCAUAAUGCAUCUUUAAUUACCAUGCACGCUGUUUCGCUCGAAGAAACAGGCAGGCAAAAUCAAGCAGUUGGACUGAUGGACUAAUAGCAUGGAAAUAACCCCACGAUGCCACCUACACAAGCACCCAAUUAUCUCGAGCGCUGAAAAAGGGGGCAGGAAGAGUGUAAUCAGUCUUGCUCAUUUGAAAGCAUUUAACCAACAUACAGUAUAUCCUCAAGUUAGCAUGAGGUCAGUAAAUGUAACAGAGGGGCAAUUCCGUGAAAAUGUCAACUUUACCAUGAAAAAAUUAAGUUUUUACCAACGGUUUUUACUUUGGUAACAGCACAGAUAUUAACAUUUGGUGGUUCAAAUACCCAUGUGAGAUCUCUCUUCAAAUUUGUAAAGCAUUUGUUUUAUUUUUAGUGCAUGAUUUUUCAUAGUCAGGUAAGUGCCAUUUUCAGGAUUGUCACAUCCAUAACGGUACAUAUUCCUCAUAAAUGGACACAUGAAAAUUAA